GGAAUCGUAUAUCGGGAUAAUUCAACAUGUAGCGCUGGGAUCCAAUAAUACAACCAAAGGUGUCGUCUUUAAGUAAUAACUUCCGGUCGAAAUACAUAUUCGCCAUGGCUGCAACACUGAAGCCCUAUUUGACAGCCAUCCGUCGGACGCUGGAAGCAGCAAUGUGCUUGGAGAAUUUCAACUCACAAAACAUAGAACGGCAUAACAAACCUGAAGUAGAAGUAAAGUCCAGUAAAGAGUUGCUACUUACACCAAUAGUCAUCAGUCGAAACAAACAAGAGCGUGUUUUAAUAGAAGGCUCAAUAAAUUCCUUAAGAAUAAGCAUUGGCGUUAAACAGAGUGAUGAGAUCGAGAAGAUUUUGUGUCACAAGUUCAUGCGUUUCAUGAUGAUGCGAGCAGAGAACUUUGUUGUGUUAAGAAGGAAACCAGUCGAAGGUUUUGAUAUUAGCUUCCUCAUUACCAAUUUCCACACGGAGCAGAUGUUCAAACACAAGCUGGUAGACUUCAUCAUUCAGUUCAUGGAGGAGAUAGACAAGGAGAUCAAUGAGAUGAAACUGGCCGUCAAUUCACGCGCUCGUUUAAGUGCUGAAGAAUUCUUGAAGCGAUUUUAGUUAUUUAGUCAACUUACUCAGGGGACCUUCUUUCAUCUCAACAUCGGAAUGCAAGUCAACGCUUAGAAUAGCUCUGUAAUGUUGUGCGAUGUCAACUUUUUGAAUUUGAAUGUUUUUGAAUGAACAAAAAGUGGAUACUGUCAGAAUUCAAAUAUAAAAACAUAUUAAAUACAUUUUAUUGUUAAUGACGAAUAGCUCUGUUUGUGUGCUGAAUUGUUGCAGAAUAUUUAUUUAAAGCUUUCAUUUGAUACAUAAUGGUAAACCUGUUAUUGAAAGCUUUUUAUGAAAUUAAAUUUGGGGGAAGAUUGCAGAAAUAUUUUAAGAACAAUUUUUUAGCGAGGCUGUUUUCGGAGAAAACCCGAACUAUUGUCAUAGCCAGCUCGUCCGCCGUCCGCCGUAGGCGUCGUGCUAAAACCUUAACAUUGGCUCUAAAAUCAAAGUGCUUCCACCUACAACUUUGAAACUUCAUAUGUAGAUGCACCUUGAUGAGUUUUACACGCCACACCCAUUUUUGGGUCACUAGGUCUAAGGUCAAGGUCACUGUGACCUCUAAUAUCAAACUUUAACAUAGGCUCUAAAAUCAAAGUGCUUCCACCUACAACUUUGAAACUUCAUAUGUAGUUGCGCCUUGAUGAGUUCUACAUGCCACACCCAUUUUUGGGUCACUAGGUCAAAGGUCAAGGUCACUGUGACCUCUAAUAUAAAACUUUAACAAAAACCUUAAGAUUGCCUCUAAAAUCAAAGUGCUUCCACCUACAACUUUGAAACUUAACAUGUAGAUGCACCUUGAUGAGUUCUACACACCACACCCAUUUUGGGUCACUAGGUCAAAGGUCAAGGUCACCGUGAUCUCUAACAAAAAAACAAAAGAAAUCUGACAAGCUUUCGCAGCCGAGCGUGGCACCCGUUAUGCGGUGCUCUUGUUUAAAAUAGUUCCCGUCUUCACUUAAGCAAUAUCUUUUUAACGUACUAUUCCAUGUCUAUAUUAUAAGACAUUUGUUUUGCUUAGUAUUUAAUACUUUUUAGUUAUUAUCAAACUGUGUACAAACUACUGCUAGCUUAUCUGUUUCAUUAAAAAAGGUGCUUAUAUCUCAAUAUGGCUUUAAGAAUGCCAAUUCAAAAUAAUUUGAACUUUGAACAUUUUUUUAAAGAUAUGCAUGCAUUGCUUUAUUUGCACAACCCCAAAAUAGUUCUUUAUGGUGUGAUAACAUGACAAUUGUAGAUUAUCUCUGAUAUUAAUAACAUCUUUCAUUGUAUAUGAAACAUUUUGAAUUGAAAAGUCCAAGCUUGUUAUUGUAAUGAAUAAUAGCAUUUAAAUCUGUUUUUAAGUUUUGUAUGAUGUUAUGUAUAAAAGGACGGUGUAAUAGGCAAACAUCAAAUGUAUGAUGUAAUGAAUAAUAUUUAGUAUAUGUUAAUGUAAUGGAGUUAUAAUUGGCAGUUUUUAUAACUGUGCAUAAGUCGUUCCAUUGUAAAAGUUAAGACUGGAAAUUUAUGGCACAACAUUACACUAUGAACAGUCUUCAUAAAUAUACAAUUCAAAUAAUAACAUGAACAAAGUUGUAACAGAUUAGGUUAUUUUCUGCUGGCAUUAUUUUUCUUUACUGUAAGGGAAGUGCUCGAAUAAUCAUAGUGCUUUUUUUGUCUCAGAAGUUGGUACUUGUACAUGUAUGUUGGUAGCAAACUAUGGCUUGUACAAAGAGAUUAAAAUGUGGAACAUUGGACAUACAAAUACAUAUUGGUACACUAGAAGUUAUGUUAAGAUACAUAUCUAUCAGUUUGGUAGAUAAUCAUUGAAAGUUAACAAUUGAUCAGAGAAAUAAAUAUUUGUGUGAGUGGUACUGCCCAAUUUAUUUCAUUUAAGCCUUUGAACAUCAAAAUGUUUAAAACUAGUAAACAAUUCUAAAAUGACUAAUCUUAUAUGCCUUUAGUGAGCAGAAAAAUAGAAUAGGAGAAUUUAUAAUAUUUUACAUAGAAAAUUUUAUGUUAAUAUUUUUGCAUAUUACAUCAGAACUCCCUUAAUAUUUCCCUUAGGGGCAUUUUGACUUCAGGAGCAGAUGUCUGGAUGAAAACAACUAAAGAUACUUGCAAAUGUAUUUGUUGAUUUGAAUCUGCAUCGUAUGUUUCAUCAGAAUGUUAACAUAAAUUCAAACAUUUGUAAAACUUUCUCUUUGCAUUGCUGGUAACACUUUUUGUAUAAUUCUGUUUCUAUAUCAAUUAUGUUAUUGUCUUUUUCUAUUUUUUGGGAGACCGUGUAUAAAAUUAUUUAAAUUGCUAUGCAUAUAAUAAAAUAUAUAUUGUUUUGUA